AUGUCUUUUAAUCCACAGGCAUCCCCAUUCAGCAGCAGUCCAAUAUCUGACAGGAACCAUGGUUACUGUGCCUCCCAACGAUGUACCCCCCAUGGUGGUUACAUGGGACCACAACAAGCCAAAUGGCAAGUUCAGACCAGCCCGUCCUCAUCAAAUCGCAGAAACGUUUGUGACCCGCUUGCGGAAGGCAGGCGUGUUCGCGUCGACAAUGUGUUCUAUGCCACAAGAUUCGUCCCAGACUUUAUCGGCGCCAUAGGCAUACCCAAGAGCGAUAUCGAGCGCAUACAUAGCACGGGAACCUCUGGCGGUCCUGGAAUGUGCUGGGUCGAUUUCGUCUCCCACGCUGCGGCCUUGAGGGGCGUUGAGAUGCUAAGAGCCGAGCUGCGCAAGUGGCUACCGCAGGUUUUUCUCUGUUCACCAGCAACAGACUUGAGCGGGCGCACAACCUCGACCGGUUGGCGCUCUAGCGAUGAUGACCACACCUUGGCCGAGGAUUUCAUCGUCGACCAAGAGUGGCCUACUAAUGACUUAGGGUAUACUUCACCUGCUAAUGUUGGGUCACAUCCUUGGUUACCAUCUCCCAAAGAGGAUCCGCCGAGCAUCAAGAAUAGCAGUUUUCUGGAUAACACCAGCACAUCAUCCCUUGGCCACGUCGCGGGAAACUGCAGCACUAGGCCAGCCUCCGACCGUGCCAGCGUUGCGACGGAGAAUACGUUUAAUAGCAGUGCCGUUUUCACAUCAGCAGGUCUUGACAAGGACGCCACGGCGCAGAGCAAAUAUAAAGAUAUGGAUGCGCUGGGCUCUGACUUCGUCGGAACCAGAGCAAGGGCCAACAGCUGCCUCCAGAAUGGUGAUCCCAGGGAUGAUGAGCCAAAGGAGAUCAAACCACAUGAAAUUAAGCGUUGGACUCAGUCAAUAGUAACGACUAGACUACCGACCGAGCCGACUCCAAAGCAGUCAGCAACACAUGCGAAUGUCAAGACACCAAAGCCCACAAUGUGGGCCACUGUCGCAUCGCCUUGUUCGCGACGGCCUCGCUCAACCCCUAAUCAGGAAGCCACGGAGGUUCCAGCUAAAGUUUCGGGUGUUAUCAAGGGGGCAGCGGCACCCAAAAUACCAGUACCAAGCUGGGCGGACAUCACGAAGAAGACACCCCCAUCCACUGCCAAAGCCGUAUCCGCUCCCGUUGCCGAUAAGAAACCUCCCGAUAGGCCGUCACCCAAGAAAGAGGAGAAAAGCAGCUCGGUGUCUGUCAAGAAGCAGUUGCUGCCCUCACCAAUGCCAACAUCACACCGAACCAUUUUAUUCACUGGACUUGAGCCUACUGAAGAUCAAGAACAUCAUCGGGAGGAAAUCCUAAAGAUAUUCGCCGGCUUCAAAGUUCGUGGGAUCAGCAAUCGCAAGAAGAUUGACCGGACUAGCAACCACGCCAGCUGCUUUAUCGACAUGGAAACCGCAGAUGAUGCACAGCGUGCUCUUGACACAUGGCCGUGGCCCACAGACAUAACCAGCGGAGGCCACGUCCACAUCGCCCAGGCCAAAAGUGAGAGCAACAGGCCGCUAGACUACACGGUAGUGAAGGGGCCAGGGGAGCGGCAAAGUCGGAGGAGAAGACGUGGAUCAAGAGCGCAUUUUGUUGGAGAGUCUGGUCGGUCUCAUUGUUCCGAGUUUCUAGAACUCAUAAUCGAUUUGUCCAUCUCACUACCCCGUCUUUGGGCGUUCACGACCUCGCUGAACAAAAUCUACGAACCGUCUCGCAAUUUCAUUCAUCUCGUCUUCUUCCGACCUCAACCGCAAUGUUUUCUGGACUUUUUGGAAUGCUUCAGUGUCGAAAGCCUUCUGCAUCCGUAUCGGUCUGAGCCAUCGAGGCAUGCAGAUGAUGCUGUCCACCUCGCUGAAUACUACGCUCCAGUGCUUGCUGCGUGUGCCCUUGAAGGAGUGGUAUAG